AUGUAUCACGUUAUUACUCUAAUCUUUUUGAUCUGCUUCGUUAUCUAUCUUAAAAGUUGGUGGCGCAACCGAAUCAUACAAAGACAAUUAGGACAUCUGCCAGGACCACCGUGCGUUCCAUUGCUAGGAUCCAGCUACAUUUUCCUCGGAAAAAGUUAUUCCGAGAUUUUGGAUGCAUUUCAUCGGAUUUCUACCGCAUACGGAAGCAACGGUAGUCCGGUGCUAUUCUUCCUAGGCGCAAAACCUUUCAUCAUUUUAAAUCAACCGGAUCAUGCUCAAACUAUUCUGAAUUCGGCCGCAUGUUUGGACAAGCCUUGGAUCUAUCGAUACACUCCACUAGAAGGAAUAUUUUCACUAUCGACAAAGAAAUGGCGAAUUCACCGGAAGGCCAUCCAGCCAAGCUUCAACUGGGGAAUUUUGAAGACGUUUCUUCCCAUUUUUAGAGCUAAAGUAGAUGUGCUGGUGCGGAAACUGAAAGAUCAAAGUGUUAGCCAUGGUGUUUUUGAUGUAUAUGGUCACAUUGCGGCAUGCACUUUGGAUAUGGUAUAUGCUACUACACUCGGAAUAGAAAUGAACAUUCAACAACAGGCAUCAUGUGAAUAUCUCGAUGUAUUGGAUGAAUUAUUCGAGCUGGUAACAAACCGUGUAACCAAUGUUCUACUUCACCCAGAUUGGAUCUAUCGAUGGACGACGUACUAUCGACGAGAAAGGCAUGCUCGGCAAAUUUUCAAAUCUCCUGCGCAACAAGUGCUCCGCCAGAAACCAAUCCUUUUGAGCGAAACCAAAGCUUCGAAAACUAACCUGCACAAACCACAAAUCUUCAUCGACCAACUGUAUCAGAUUGCCGCCAAAGAUUCUUACUUCACCAAAGAAGUAAUCGAGAAAGAACUGAACACAAUGAUUUUCGGUGGAAACGAAACUACUGCCGUUACGAUGGCCAACGUCCUCCUUCUCAUCGCAAUGCAUCCCAAUGUACAACGAAAACUUGUAACAGAAAUAGAUGAGCUGUUCGGUGAUAACCUGCAGGAUAUAACCAUCGAAGACCUACAGCAACUAGUCUACAUGGAAGCAGUUUUGAAGGAAGCCAUGCGGCUGUGGCCGAUCACAACAAUUCUAGGGCGACGGACCAGCGCCGAUGUGCUCUUGGAUGGGCUGUCGAUCCCAACUGGUGUCAACCUGGUUAUCGACGUUUUCAGCAUCCACCGGAAUAGCAGAUACUGGGGUGACGACGCAGAUCGCUUUGUUCCGGAAAGAUUUCUCGAUCGGCCGCAGUAUCCUUAUGCGUUUCUGGGGUUCAGUGCAGGACCAAGAAAUUGCAUCGGGACGCGUUACGCGUGGCUAUCGAUGAAGGUGAUGCUGACCACCAUUCUGUGGCAUUUGGAGCUGAAAACAGCUUUGCGGAUGAAGGAUAUUCGAUUGAAAGUGGCGAUGACACUGAAGGUCGAGAAUAAGCAUUUGAUUGGUGUGAAUGAAAGACGGAAAUAG